GUGAGAGAAAACUUGAUGACAUUUGUGAAUUCACUAUUUGCUGCAGGUUUACUUGAUAUCCAUAUGGAACUGGAUCAAACUGUGGCAGAUUUUUUAGGAGUUGAGGAAGCUAUUACUUUCCCUAUGGGUUUUGCUACAAAUUCUAUGAAUAUACCAUGUCUUGUUAGUAAGGGUUGCUUGAUAGUCAGUGAUGAGCUCAACCAUGCUUCAUUGGUUCUAGGUUCACGCCUUUCUGGAGCUACCAUACGUGUUUUCAAACAUAACAAUAUGGUAUCUUUGGAAAAAAUCUUGAAACAAGCUGUGGUCGAGGGUCAGCCAAGAACACACCAGCCAUGGAAAAAAAUCCUCAUUGUCUGUGAGGGUAUUUACAGCAUGGAAGGUUCUAUCUGCCGACUUCCUGAAAUAGUGCACUUAAAGAAAAAGUACAAGGCUUAUUUGUAUCUUGAUGAAGCUCACAGCAUCGGUGCUAUUGGAGAUAAUGGUCGCGGUGUCUGUGAGUAUUUUGGAAUUGAUCCAUGUGAAGUUGAUGUUAUGAUGGGAACAUUUACUAAAAGCUUUGCCUCAGCUGGUGGAUAUAUUGGUGGCUCAAAGGAUUUGAUUAACUAUUUAAGGAUAAAAUCACACAGCAGCAUGUAUGCUAGCUGUAUGUCACCUGCUGUAGCCCAACAAAUCAUCAGCACAAUCAGGGUGAUCUCUGGAGCUGAUGGUACAACAGAGGGAAAGAAACGCAUCCGUCAGCUGAAAUGGAAUGUACGCUAUUUCCGGCGUCGCCUUAAUGAACUUAACGUCAUCGUCUAUGGAAACAAAGACUCCCCAGUUGUACCCAUUCUGUUGUAUAUGCCAUCUAAUAUUGCGUGA